CAAAUCACAAACCUAUAUUUUCGAGAGGUUUCUUCUUGGGUCAACAACAAAGUCUUCAAGCUGAUCUCAUCUCUUUUCCCUCUCCCUGUGAAUUAAUGGCGAGUAGUUGCGAGCUUUGCUGCGAGAUCUUGAUCGCGAUCCUUCUUCCUCCUGUCGGAGUUUGUCUCAGGCAUGGCUGUUGCACGGUUGAGUUCUUCAUUUGUUUGAUUCUCACAUGCUUAGGCUAUCUCCCAGGAAUAAUCUAUGCAAUCUACGCGAUCUUGUUCUUGCACCGUGAUGAGUACUCUGAUGAAUACUACUACGUCGCUUGACAGGAUUUAAGUUCCUGGUGUUUUUUCAUUGUUCUUGUGAACAUUCUUUGAAAACGUGAUUACUGUAUCUUAUAACAUGGAGGUUGAUAUAUAUGUCAUGAACGCUUGGUUUUACUCUUUUAUUCGGUUUCUUCUUUGUCUCGGUGUAAAAUUGUAUCUGUUGACAAAUAUAUGAUACAGUUUAGGGAUCUUCAUAUCAAAAUU